AGUGUUGAAAUAUUUCAGCUAUUGGGCGUUUAUGUAGGCUAUAUUUGCUUUUCCUUCUAAAAUCCGGAAAUUUUGGUUCAGUCUGUGUACCUGCCAGGAGAAGCACGGACGCUCUCACUUAAGACGCAUCUUUAGAUACCAUUAAUUUACAUUCUUGUUAUUCUAUCUUCAGAAGACCAUAUUCGGUGUUACCAUGAACAAUCAGAAAGAUCACACCAGACCUGAUGAGGGAGGGAACGGGGGCAGUAAUGAAUGGAAAUUUUACAACCAUGGUCUGCAGCUCUUCUCUGCUAUCAUUGAUAGGAUCUGGGACACAGUUUCUCAGAGGAAAAUCCAGCAAGUAAAAGACCAAAAUGCACAUCUGGAGCUGGAGCUGGAAAAGGAGCGUCAGCUUGUUAAAGACUACCAGCAGGCCAUGGCGUCAUUGAAGGAGAAAAUAUGGGAGACAAAGGCUAAGGAUCUACUGCAUGAGCUCGAGCAGGGCCUGUUGGAGCGGCAGGACGCCUACUGUAGUAACUUUUCCUGGAAAAGACACCGGCUGAGGAUGGUGGAGAACCAUCUAUUCAAGAUGGCCCAGAAACCUUUGGCCCGGGAGCUGAACAUAGAGAAUGACCUCAAGAACAUUUUCAGGAAUGAUUGCCACUGUGCUCGCUUCACAAACAGAGACAAGCACAAGAACGGCAGCCUGAUGUGGGACUGCAUGAAAAACUGGGAGCAGUACGUGAAGCAGCAGAAAGAGCAGAAGAGGGCGGAGUGGUCGAUGGGCGCCACUCAGCCACACCAGGACCCAGCUGGGAGCAGGACAAGAACUUAAAAAAGGAAACGAAAGGAGAUGUUUCAACAUAAAAGGCAGGGGAAAUGGCGUGGCUCCAGUGCCACAUAAGGUCAUAGGUGUAUUACCAAUUAGCUCUUAAAUCAUGGUUAAAAUAAGACAGACAUCUGAAGUGGAUGAUGUCAGAGGUGUGAUGUUGUGCCUUUGAGCUGUGUAUUAUCAAUAUGUCAAUAGAAUUCCUAUUUAAUUGAAUAAUUUAGGGUGUGUGCUGUAGUAAAUAAUAAAAUAAUCAACUAAUUUGUUGUGGGUUUUUUUGAGUUUACUGAAUAACAUUCUACCUUAAUUCAUGGUAUUAGUUACAUUCUCCAUUUUUAGGUCUUUUUACCUUUAGUUUUAGCCCUGCUGAACACAGUUAAUUUUUUUUGUAACCAUGAAUCAUUG